GUGCUGCUGCGCGGCAUGUGUAGAGUGAGUUUGAAAACAAUUGUAAUGUUUUUGUUUUCUGAAUGUUUUCUCUUAUUUUACCGUUACGAAAUGGUUUCUCUUGCAUAACAGCUAAUCUUAUGUUAUCGAUGACGGUUUGAAAAGAAAGAAAAAGUAUUAACAUCAAAAAAUUCAGGCGAGGAAGUUUCUGAAAUGUGGGUGAUUUCACAUGGAAUAAUAUGACUACCAUCUGAUACAUCACAAUGUCAGGGGAACCUCGUGUUCAGACGGCUCCUGAGCCUCUCCGGGUCGCUCCGGUCCGGACCACAGAACUUCACUGUCCUGAUCUGGACCUGUCUGUCACUCUCACACCAGAACGACCUGCAGACAGACACCAGCGACAGGUGCGUUUUAAUGUGAGUCCGCAGCGCAGCGGGCACUCAGAGUGUGAUCCGGUGGUCGCCACGGUGAUUCCAGAACCAAGCAAUAAUCAAUCCACAGUCCGGAAAGCUCAAAACAAAAAGAAAAAAGGGACUGAAUCAGAUAAAGGGCGAGGUCGUGCGAUGGGCGGAGACUCAGUGGUGUGUGAUGGACAGCUGACAGAGGGGGCGGAGCUGAACACGACCCUGGCGCUGAGGGCGGAGCUUCGGGAAGUGGAGGAGUUGGUGUUUGAUCCGGAGAAAGCUGUGAAGGAGAAACUCCAGAACUCCACCCUCACAAAGAACCACAUCAGCAUCAAAGCAGCAGAGGGGUUGAAUUUCCCGCGCUCUCAGCAUCUGUACCGGGCGUUAGUGAGCGUCAGCCUACCACACGAUCAGCUCAUCAGCCAGGCACUGCAGGAUAGGCCAGCACUGGCCCCGCCCACCAGCUCCCAGACCAAUAAGUUCUCAUCACAGCCACUAGAGGGCCCUGAUUUACUGCCGUUCUACAGUCCUGACAAACUGCUCAGAGAGGUUCCACUGUUGCCUGGCAACCACAUCUCUUUACCCCGCCCACGGCCAGUGCCAAGACCCGCCCACACAACCUUUCACCUACAUCAUCUGCACAAACUCUGGGAAUCAUGAACGUACAUGUUGUGUGUGUUUUGUGUUGUUUUUCUAACUUAAGAUGAAAUAUAAUAGUGUUGUUCAACAGGUCAGUCAUCAAAACAAUCAAUAAACAAACCGCUAUCAACAAGUGUGGUUCAUUUAGGAAAAACAGA